AUGCUUAAGCUCAACUUCAUCUUCCUCCUUUUCCCAUCAAUCCUGACCCUUCUUCUUCCCACCUGCGACGGCCGCGUCUUCAGCUUCGAGAUGCACCACCGCUAUUCCGACCCCGUCAAGCAGUGGUCGGAGGUCGCCGGAAAGCUCUCUCCGGCCGCCACCAACCUCCUCCCGGAAAAGGGUAGCUUCGAGUACUACGCCGAACUCGCCAACCGCGACCGCCUCCUCCGCGGCCGCAAGCUCGUCGAAUCUUCCGACACCCUCGCCUUCUCCGACGGCAACUCCACUUUUCAGAUCACCUCUUUGGGAUAUUUGCAUUAUACGACAGUGCAAUUGGGGACGCCGGGAAUGAAGUUCAUGGUGGCGCUCGAUACCGGGAGUGACCUGUUUUGGGUGCCUUGUGAAGGAACUGCUUAUGCUCCUAAUUUCGAGGUCAGCAAAUAUGACCCUAAAGGAUCAUCGACUAGCAAGAUAGUCCGUUGCAACAACAGGUUGUGUAUGCAGCGUAAUAAAUGUCUGGGAGCGUCCAACACUUGCCCUUAUAGGGUGUCUUAUGUCUCUGAUCAGACUUCUACUUCUGGGAUAUUGGUAGAGGAUGUUCUGCACUUAACAACAGAAGAUAGUCAUCAUGAAUAUGUUGAGGCAUACAUUACCUUUGGCUGUGGACAGGUUCAAAGUGGUUCAUUCCUGGAUAUUGCUGCUCCUAAUGGUCUGUUUGGUCUUGGUAUGGAGAAGAUAUCUGUUCCUAGCAUUUUAUCCCGGGAAGGCUUUACCGCAGAUUCCUUUUCCAUGUGUUUUGGACAUGAUGGAGUUGGGAGAAUCAACUUUGGUGACAAGGGGAGUCCUGACCAGGAAGAAACCCCAUUUAAUUAUGACCCUUCACAUCCAACCUACAACAUCAGUGUAACUCAAAUUAGAGUGGGGGCAGAUAUUAUGGACAUUGAUCUCACUGCGCUCUUUGAUUCUGGGACUUCUUUCACAUAUUUGGAUGACCCAACUUAUACAAGGAUUUCAGAGAGUUUCAAUUCACAAGCUCAAGAUAAGCGUCGUCCACCUGACUCAAGGAUUCCAUUUAAAUAUUGUUAUGAUAUGAGUCCUGAUGCAAAUGCUAGUUGGAUAUCUGGUGUCAGUUUAACCAUGAAAGGUGGAAGCCAGUUUGAAGUAUAUAAUCCAAUCAUUGUUAUCUCAGCUGGGAGCGGUCUGGUCUAUUGCCUUGCUGUUGUCAAGAGCUUGGAACUAAAUAUAAUUGGACAAAACUUCAUGACAGGCUACCAUGUUGUAUUUGACAGAGAGAAAAAGGUCUUGGGCUGGAAGAAUCUUGACUGCUAUGACACUGAGGACCAUCAUACUUACUUACCUUUUAAACCACGCUCCUACAGUGUCCCUCCUUUUGCUCAUGGACUACGUAACCAUUCUAUUUCAGAAUCAGCGAAAAAUACCAGCUCGAAUUCAGCUUCUUCUGUGCCUUACUAUAGUCAUACCUCUCUUCUGACUUGCUUUCUAUUCACCGUCCUCCUCUUCCUAUCACUGUAACUGCGAUUUUCUGGUCUGUUGCAGAGUUCCAUAGGGUACAUACCAAUGUAGAAUUGUAGAUCACAACCUUUUAUCAUGUAAAUUCUCUCUAAUCAUUCCCAAUUUACACCAUAGCCACAUAAAUCUUGUAAUACCUCCCCUCAGCUCUAAUGUAAAUCCUCUUACCAUCUAGCAUAGGCAUUAUAGUUGUAAAAAAAAUUCUACAGAGAAUACGGAUUUGAGUUCAUUGAAUACAUACAGGCAUGCUACAUGGUUU